AUCAUUGUUACUGAUUGUUCGCGGGGCUCUUGCAUUGGGGUCAACUCGUCUCGGUUCGAAUGAUCAGCUCCUUCGCUCUACAUGUGAAGCAAAAAAAGAGGAAAAAAGAGAAAUACAUUGGAAAACGCGGUCCAAGACGUCCCGAUAACAAUUGACACUGAUAGAAAACAGUCACGGUUUUGCUGUCGCGUAUGAUUCCGAGGUGACGCGUGAUAAUCGAUAAAAAAAAAAUGUUUGUUAGUACGCUGGACACGCAGGCCGAUGUGUUGAUCAUCGACUCCGGGCUGAGAAUUUAAUGCACGAAGCCAGUAUUGGUAAGCAUUCCGGUCAGUUAGCGAGAAAGGUGGCCAGUGUGACAAAUGUAAAUAGAAGGGGUGGACGCAAGGCCAAGAUAUUUGGGGAGGUACGAGAGGGAAACGAGUUAACCGCGCGUGUGCGCCUACCGCGAGCCACGAAGUGAACACACCGUUGUCGCGAGGAAAUUCUCUUCACUGAUCUCGAAUGAUACACGAGAAACGAGGGAGAGACAGAGAAACUGGCCGAGGAGAGAGAAGGAAACCACGAGAGCACGUCGCUUGAACUUGAAAUGCUGCACAAUGAGAAUUCAUUCGUCGUAGCGAACGUCGUCCGUUAAUUCGAUUUCUUGUCUUCGUCUUCUUUCUCUCUCUUUCUUGUUUUGUUUUCUCUCCCGUUUGUAGUGUAGCGCCGCAACAAGUAUUAUUUUUAUACAACACGACAGCAGCGGGAAUCCCUAUUGGUGAGGCCGACCGUGACACCGACAGUGUUUUGUUUCGUUGAUUCAAUGGUUGAUGCUGCGAUGUGGUUCUGGCCCUCGUGUUUAACGAUUUGAAAAAGGGAGCGAAACGUUGAAUGAGACAACGUAGAUCUCAGAUCUCUCACGAUUACCUCGAGAAAGUCAGCAAGAGACAGAGAGUUGCUCACAAGGUGGAAGACGUUCACAUACAGGCAAGAAGAGGCUUGUAAGGAUGGCAUCGUCCAUGGUGGCUGUCCCCUCUGGCACGGCAUCAGUCUCAGCUGGAACUGGUAUCGCCCAAAAUGACGACGUGGAGAAUGGAAACGUGUUCAGCGAACGAAACAUAAAUGCCGUCACCAGCUGCAGCGAGACCUCGAACUCUGGCAAUGCUCUGGAGGAGAUCAACUGCGGCUCCGGGGAGUCUGGUGAUCAAGAAUGCGCCAUCUGCUUGAGCAAACUCUGUUCACCACGAGUGCUCUCCUGUCUCCAUGUGUUUUGCGAGGCGUGCCUGGACAAACUUCUGAUGGAUGAGGCGGGCGACUCGAAGGUUAGCUCCGUACUGGUCUGCCCGCUCUGUCAACAAGAAACUUCCAUUAGUUCUAAGGGUGCCGCGUCAUUGACGUGCGACUACGUUUUAACGAACAUACUUGACAUGUCUGCGAUCGAGAACAUGGCUGUACUUUGUACCUCGUGUAAAGCCAAAGAGAGCGCGGUCGCGCGCUGCUCGGACUGUGCCAACUUCUUGUGUCCGAAUUGCAAUACCGCGCACCAGUUCAUGCGUUGUUUUGAAAGCCACAAGGUCGUGGCGUUUGAAGAUUUGAAGCAAUCCAACGAAGCUAUACCGAUACAUAAACCUAUUUUUUGCGAGUAUCAUCCUGCUGAGAAUAUGAAGUUUUAUUGCUAUACUUGCCAGGAACCUAUAUGUAAUGAGUGUUUGCUUAUUGAACACAAAGCUCCAGAGCAUCAGUAUGAACGGCUAAUGGAUGCCGAACCACGUCAGAAGGAAGAAUUAAUAAAGCUGAUGAACGAGAGCAAAGCAAGAAUUGCAGAUUGCGACCAAGUGUCUGCACAAUUAGAGAAUGCGCUUAGUGAACUGCAAGCACAACAUGAUCAAGCUAAAGAUUUAAUUGUAGAAACGUUUCAGAGUUAUAAAGCUGUCUUAGAAAAGUGUCGAGACAAUGCCUUGGUUGAACUUGAAAAGUUACAUUCGGAUAGGGAAUUAGAAAUAAUGGAUACAUUUCACAGCGUUGAGAAGACGGUGGAGAAGAUAGAAGAUGCUUGUCGUUUUACCUCCAGACUUCUUGAACACGGCGAUGCUGUGGAAAUCCUCGCGCUUCGUCGUAUCGUAGGAACACAGUUGAUGAACUUAAUAAAAAACACACCGAAGCCAAAUGUUUCGUUUUCUAUUCAAUUUCAAACAGACUAUAACGAGUUUGAAAAAGCGUUAAAGGAAGUAUUUGGUAAAUUUCAUACUGAGAGUACACCGGUAACAAAAUCCAUAGCAGAACCAAUUACAACUAUGCCAGGAGUAUCUGCAAAUCAACAAGUUGUACAUACCUCAAUGGGCUGUCCCCGUUCUAUUAAUACAAGGUCUCCUAUCUCUCUUCCCACAUCAAUGCAAUCCUCCUUCGAAGGUGAUCCAUCAUUUGUUAUACCUCCAACGUCAAGCCCUCAAAAUAUUCCACCUCCACCACCUCCUGUGUCCCUUCCUCCAGGUCCCAUUCAUGGACUCACCAGUAUUCAAGAGUACAAUCUGCAGCAGUUGGCCAGUUUGGCAGAGAAGGUCGAAAUGGUCGGAGAUACGAAUGUAGUUGGGCCCAGUUCGAAUCCCAGCCCAACGCCACCUUUCACUUUAGCAGAUUUAUUUGCCGGCGAUCUGAGUUCUACCAGCCAUGCGAUUAACAAUUUGCAAGCUCUAGCAAAAUUAGGAAAUACACUUGGCAAUCAAGAUCUUGGCAAUCCUGCUAUUAACGGUGGUAGCGGUCUAGUAUUAGGAAGAGGUCCUUCACCAGCCAUUGUCGACACACCAAACUUGAGCCUAGCUGCUAAUAGUCUUUUAAACGGAGGAUUUCAAUCGUUAUCCUCGUCUACUUCGCCGAUACUUUCACAGGGCGCUGACGAUUUAAGAGCAGACUCCAUGCACAACAUGCCCGUGGUGGUGGGAAACACGGUCGGCAAUGUAACUGGUUCUGGUUCUGGGAAUUACGCUCAUCCACGUUCGAAUAAUACGAAAUUAACUCCCAUGCAAAUCAGGUGUAAAUUUGGGCAGUUAGGUCCGAGCAAAGGUCAAUUCAGCUCACCCCACGGAUUUUGUUUGAGCGCCGAUGAAGAUAUUAUCGUUGCCGAUACGAAUAAUCACCGGAUUCAGAUAUUUGAAAAGACUGGCGUAUUCAAAUUCCAAUUUGGUGUACCUGGCAAGGAGGAGGGGCAAUUAUGGUACCCUAGAAAGGUUGCUGUGAUGAGGAACAGUGGGAAAUUCGUUGUUUGUGAUCGAGGGAAUGAACGAUCGAGGAUGCAAAUAUUUACAAAAAGUGGUCACUUUAUCAAGAAGAUAGCAAUUCGUUACAUCGAUAUUGUAGCUGGCCUAGCUGUAACCAGCGAAGGCCACAUUUUGGCUGUUGAUAGUGUAUCACCGACGGUGUUUGUAAUUAGCGAUACAGGAGACCUGUUGAGAUGGUUCGAUUGCAGUGAAUAUAUGAGAGAACCAAGUGAUAUUGCAAUAAGUGGUAAAGAAUAUUUUGUCUGCGACUUUAAGGGACAUUGUGUUGUGGUGUUUAACGAGGAGGGAAAGUUUUUGCGUCGCAUUGGCUGUGACAAUGUAACAAAUUUUCCAAAUGGGAUCGAUAUUAGCGAUGCAGGAGAUAUAUUAAUAGGAGACUCGCAUGGCAAUCGUUUCCAUGUGGCUGUUUUUUCAAGAGAUGGUUCCUUGAUUUCCGAGUUCGAAUGUCCAUAUGUUAAGGUAUCUCGAUGUUGUGGCUUGAAAAUAACCUCAGAGGGAUAUAUCGUAACUCUGGCUAAAAAUAAUCAUCACGUUCUCGUGUUGAAUACUCUUUACAUAUCAUGAAGCGAAGAGGCAGACCAAAUAAAUAUGUCGUAACUUUCUUCAGCGAGUGGAAUUUCCUUGACGAAUGUUGCUCUACUCUUAACGAAGAACGAAUCGAUAAAAAUGAAAAAAACAAACCAAAAAACAAAAAAAAAAAAAAAAUACCAGAGAAAAUAUAUCCAAUACGCCCAUGGCAUCGAGUUCUUUGAGAUUUGGGCCUAUUCAAGCAAUAGAAUUACAAACAAGUGCAGCAUGCAGCUUUAAUAGUCUGUAUCAAAGAAAAAAAAAAAUGGAAAAAUAAGUAUAAAUGCGUCCCUGUUUUAUGAAAGUAAGAAUGUUCGAAAGAAGAAAAAAAAAAAAAAAACAAACAAAACAAAAAAAAAAUAAGGUAAACGUACGUCUCCGACCAAAAAACAGUAUAAUAGUAAUUUAGCGAAGUUGCAUUUGGUAAACUGCCAAGAUAAAUUAACACGAGGAAGAAAAAAAAAGAAGAGGAAAAAUGAAGUCAAGCAAAGUGGAUCGUAGUGAGUGAAAAGAAUUGAAAAAAAAAAAAGAAAAGCUGAAUUGGAUCGCUUUGACUGGAAGUAGAAGAGGAGGAACAUAUGAAGAGCUAGAAGAGAUGCAAGGAAGUUGCAGAAUAAUAGCUUUCCGUCACAAUCGGUCGCAUCUUCGACUUCGUCAGUAUUUUAGGUAUGUUUACAAAUCAAAUUAUUCUAGUCUCUAACGAGCACUGUUUUACACGCUGAUUUUUCAAUCCGUGCUCGAAGCAACGUGUUAUCUUUAUCUGUUGCAUCGUGACGUCAGAACGGUAGUUAUACACGACAUGGGGAGAGGAAGGAGAAAUUAAUAAGAUUCUUUCUUCCACACGUUACUUCGAGACCUAUUCGUAGACACACUAAGUUUCUAAGGUUUCGUUAAGGAUUGUUAGGUAAUCUACUAGGCAUGUUAAUGAAACGAAAGGUUGCGGUUAUUAGAAAAAAAAAGUAAAUGAUAAUACAAAUUCCUGUGCUUAAUGCGAAUGGGGAAAACAAACGUUGCAUGCUGCGACACAUGGUAGUACUUCCUGCUCUUAUCAUAUCAUAUCCCUAUUUAAACAAACAGAAAAUGAUAAAAAAGAAAAAAAAGAAAGGACGAACAAAAUGCAAACAGUACUCCUCGUUACGGCAGGCACGAAGCUUAAACGAAAAGGAAAAAUAAAAAGAAAAGAAAGGGAAAAAUACGAGCCAUGUUCCUGGUGAUUCUUUUCGUGCAUUUGAAAAUUAAUAGUUCUAAAAGAGUAAGAGAAACAAAGGAAUUUUAUGGGACAACGUUAAUGUAGGGGGAAAAAAAAAAGAAAGACAUAGAAUUACAAAUAUGUUGAAAAUCAAACAUUUAAUUGUCUUGCGGGACGAGGAAUCGUACAUGAUAUAUUAUAUCCGAGAAAAUUAAAAGAAAAAAAAAUCGAAAACAAUUAUUCUAGACUUGCCACUGAUAAUAGAUCCCGUUUGUGCAUUGUUAAAAGAAACAAAAA